AUGGUUUCAGAACAUACCCGACAGAAGAUUCCCCGCCUUAACCGAUCGAGCGAUGUCCUCACCUCCGCACAACGGUGGCAAGCCGUAGUCAAACGCGACGCAACAGUCGACAGUUUCGUCUACGCAGUCCUAACCACCAAGAUCUACUGCCGCCCCUCGUGUUCCGCCCGGCUGGCCCGGCGCGCGAACGUGGAAUUCCACGACACCCCAUCACAGGCAGAGGACGCAGGGUUCCGACCCUGCAAGCGCUGCCGGCCACAAUCGGGACGAACGGCGGCUCAAAGCAACCCACAAACCGCCAUAGUCUACAAGGCCUGCGAGCAGAUCCGCGACGAGCUUGCAGCAGGGCUGAAACCGCGGCUUCAGGAUUUGGCCGCACAGGCUGGUCUGACGGCGUGUCAUUUCCAUCGUGUCUUUAAAAAGCAUACUGGCGUGACGCCUGGGAAGUACGCUAGUGGUCUUAUUGUAAGCACCACUACUACGCGGCCUUCGUCUUCGCCGGAUGUCUCGACGCCUGAUACACUGCCUACCAGUGAAUUUGAAACAUUGCAUGACGGGUCGAGGAUAGAAGGGAAGCUGGAUUUAGAUAUGGGGGAUUCUUUGGUGCCGCCUCUGAGUGGUCUGUUGGCGGUUGGGUCUCCUGUGAGCAUGGAUCCUAGCUGGGGGGAGUGGAAUGAGUUUGAUCUCUUUUUUGCUACUGAAACGGAACAGAUGUCACCGCGGGACGUUUUGUCGAUAGACCCCCGCAUGCUCUUGACGUGA